GGGGCUAGGCAAGCUUGGCUCGGCUCUGCAGCUUCUCACGGUCGCCGCUUUGCCGCGGGUGUGACCUGCCUGCUGCUGCGUCCCGGGCUCCGGUCCCGGAAGUGGGCUCGCGUCCUGCGGUUUCAGGCCCCGGGCCGCGACUGUCGCCACGGUGGCGGCUACUACAUCACGCCCCACGUCGGCGGCGCUGGACGCCGUAGUGUCGACGAACCCGGAGCCCAUGACAGGACAGGGCCAGUCGGCUGCCGGGUCGCCGGCGUGGAGCGCGGUGUUCCGCCACGUCCGGUACGAGAACCUGGUGGCUGGCGUGAGUGGCGGGGUCUUGUCCAACCUGGCGCUGCACCCGCUCGACCUCGUGAAGAUCCGCUUCGCUGUGAGUGAUGGACUGGAAGUAAGACCAAAAUAUAAAGGAAUUUUGCAUUGCUUGGCUACCAUUUGGAAAGUUGAUGGACUACGAGGACUUUAUCAAGGAGUAACCCCGAAUGUGUGGGGUGCCGGUUUAUCCUGGGGACUCUACUUUUUCUUUUACAAUGCCAUCAAAUCGUAUAAGACAGAGGGAAGAACCGAGCAGUUAGAGCCAUUAGAGUACCUCGUCUCGGCUGCUGAAGCUGGAGCCAUGACUCUCUGCAUUACAAACCCAUUAUGGGUGACGAAAACUCGCCUUAUGUUACAAUAUGGUGGUGUUGCUAACCCUUCACAGAGACAGUAUAAAGGAAUGUUUGAUGCACUUGUGAAAAUAUAUAAAUAUGAAGGUGUGCGUGGAUUGUACAAGGGAUUUGUCCCUGGGCUGUUUGGAACAUCACAUGGUGCCCUUCAGUUUAUGGCAUAUGAGUUGCUAAAGUUGAAGUACAACAAAUACAUCAAUAGAUUACCAGAAGCCCAGCUGAGUACAGCAGAAUACAUCUCUGUUGCAGCACUAUCCAAAAUAUUUGCCGUAGCAGCAACAUACCCAUAUCAGGUUGUGAGAGCCCGCCUUCAGGAUCAGCAUGUGGCUUAUGGUGGUGUAACAGAUGUGAUCACAAAGACGUGGAGGAAAGAAGGCAUCGGUGGAUUUUACAAAGGAAUUGCCCCCAAUCUGAUUAGAGUGACUCCAGCCUGCUGCAUCACCUUCGUGGUUUAUGAAAAUGUCUCUCACUUUUUGUGUGACCUUAGACAAAAGAAAGUGAGCUAAAAGAAGAUCCCAGUGUAUGUUCUUGAGGCAACAGCCAACUCCUUUGUGUUUGAAGCACAAAGCUCAGAAGAGUUCUGCAGAGCUACAUAGCUGUAAUCCCAUGUCUGUGUUACCAGUGGAAGGACUGCUGAGUCAUCUUGAUGUCUUUUGCUCUUUGCAUCUCCCUGUGUGUGUGGAGCUUAGCUGCCCCUACCUGGAGUGGGUGCCAUCUGCCUGACGUUGCAACUGAUAACCACUGCGAAAUGUACAGGAUCUUCUAUUUUGUUAUUCAGGGAGAAACUCAUUUGCAAUAUUUGUAAAUAAUUUGAUGAAUGUUCUUUUUUUUCUGAACUCUCUUGCCUGGAUUGGCUUUAAAACUGACCAUGUGCAAUAGCAAGGAACUGGCUUCUUACAAGAAUGACUAUAUUUAAAGGGUAAAUUAAACUUGGAGAACUUACAAAUAAGGUAUUAUCCAAAUCUAGCCCAUUUUGAAUGGGGAUAUUUUUGUUAGAAAAAAGUCUGUUAUAGAUGUGCUUUAUUUUAAUCCAACUGGAACACACUAAGUACAGAAAUUGGAGAAGUCAUGUAUUUUUCUGAGAAAUAUCUAGCACCUUUUGCCGUUCCAUUGCUUAAUUAUUUACAGGGAGAUUCUGGACACAGACCUUGUAUUUUGGCCACAAACACUUAGUGUGUGGUUAGGGUGUAUAAAACCUGAACUUCCAGCAUCCGGUGAAGCCUUUAUUUAGCAUGUGUAGUUACAAAUCCCUCAUCAGAAAUGCUGGCUCAUGUUUCACAGAGAUAGAAUGUUUGCUGUAAGUUUGUUGAAAAACUGAAUAGAAACAAGCAUUCCAUUUCCCUUCAUUUUUAGAUUUAUGGUUCCAGAUUCCAAAUAAUUGAUUUGUCUACAUUGGUUGCUCAAAUUCAGGUUGAAAUACAAAUUGCAUUUGUCUGUGGCCAUUACUGGUUUGAUUUCUGUGUCAUUGUAGAUCUCCAGGUAAAAGGCCUGCUCCUGAAGGAUGCUAGACUGAUAAUACUAACUCUUGUGGUGAGCAACUGUCAGUACUGCUGCACUAGCCUCUAUUUUUUGUAAAUAAAUCAUUCUGAUCAAAGCUGUAUUUAAAGGGUUCUUUGAAAAUAAGCCUAUUUUUUAUAUUUUGCAAAUAGAAUUGUUUUGAAAAUAAAAAAUGAAAAGAUAAUUUAUAUUUAUAAAAAUGGUGUUUGCUAUAAUAUCCUUUACCUUUAUUUUUUUACCUUUAUUUUUUAAGUAUGUUUGUUUAUUCAGCAAAAUUGAAAUAUUUUAAAAUCACAAUAUACCGUAACAAAAAGCAAGUUUUUCGGCAUUUGCAAAUUCCUGGCAUGUAACUCUUUGAAAUUUGGGGACAAUGAAUUAAUAUUCCCAGGAAUUCUUAGAAAUUUCAAAAUUACUAUUUUAAACACAGUCAUGGCUAUAUCUACACUUUAUUUGGGUAUCUCAAAUUUUUGUUACAGAAUAAAAUACACAAUUUAGUGUAAGUUAGUUACUUAUACUAGUAAGUAAAUACAAAGAACUACAGCCUACAGGAAUAUUUAAAUGAUGAGAAAUAUAAUUUGUAAUUCAGAUCUCCCAGGUAAAUAACUUCAGAAUAUUUUAUAAAUUAUGUAUUUCAUAGUUGCAUGGGAUUUACCCUGAUGUCUGUAUAGAAAGGCAAGCUAUAGUUGAUAUUAAAGUUUUAGAAGUA